CCUCAAGAAGUCGGACUAUCGGUGUCAGUUGUCGAAAUCACUAAGAUGCGAUUUAGUUCACAUGAGCGAGAAAGACUCCUGCGUAAGUUCCAUGCGAUGGAUACAGAUAGGAAUGGAGCCCUAAGUUCGAAAGAAGUUCGUACAUGCGUAGAAAAUUCAGGACUCCCGCCGGCCGCCGUCGAUGAAUUUAUGAACUUGUUUGAUCUGGAUGCCGACGGAAAAGUGACACUAAAUGAAUAUAUCACUGCCCUCGGACUAAAUCCUCUGCCACCAUCUGAGUGAGUGACUUUUGCUGAAU